AUGCGGAAUCUUUGUUCCUGGGCCGCCAUGACAAGCAUAUUAGCCACAGCCUCAGCGGCAGCACUUCCUUCCUCAGAGAGAGAUACCUGCACUGGACCCAUUGUCUCCUCCCCUACGACAUACUGGCUUUUGGAUCAAGACCACACAGGCAAUGCUCGUGGCUACGCCCCCGAAGUAUCGAAUGCAAACUACCCCGUCUGGCGCAAUGUGCAGGACUACUCUGCCGUCACAGACGGUUCUGGAGACCAGACGAGCGCCAUUCAGCAUGCAAUCAAUGACGACGGAUCAGGCGGCAGUCGAAAAGGUCAAGGUGUGACUAGGUAUCCGGCCGAAGUCUUCCUCCCAGGAGGAACCUACCAGCUGGGCAGUGCUUUGGACCUACGUGUCGGAACGGUCAUCACGGGAGAUCCGCUGAAUCCGCCAGUGCUGAAGGCCUCCUCUGACUUUGAUGGUGAUACCUUGAUCAAUGGAUACGAUAGUGGGAAUGGCGCCGCUGAGACAAGCUUCAUGACCCUUCUCCGCAACGUGGUGAUCGAUACAACGGCCCUGAGCGCAGAUACAACAAUUACCGCAUUGCAAACACAAGGUGGUAAGAUUGGUAUCAAGAACUCCAACCAACAAGUCAACUUCAAAAACAUCUAUUUCAAGUACUGCACGACUGCCUUUGAGGCAUCUGGCGGUCACACCGUACUUCUCCAAGGUGCCACAUUCGAUACUGUCGGACUAGGCAUUGACAUGAGUAGCAACGGACUUGGAAGCAUGGUGUUACUGGAUUCCAAAUCUACCAAUUCGGGCACCGUCAUCAAAUUCCACGACUCCUCCAACGAUAGCGGCAACCGCAACAGUCAACUGCUUAUCCAAAAUCUGGCACACGACACCUCCAAUCCUAUAGCAGUCGACAGCAACAACAACGAGAAACUUGGUGCUACAGAUACCAUCGAUACCUGGAUGUGGGGUAAUGUGACCCCGGGUCAGUACCAGACCAGCACGAGCCUCACGACCUCUCGUUCCGAAGUCCUUCUCUCUGGUGGAAAAUACUUCACGCGCAGCCAACCUACAUACGCCGAUUACGCCUCUGAUCAGAUUGUUAACGUCAAAAACGUGGGAGAUUAUCCCGUGAAAGGCGAUGGAUCAACCAACGACGUCGACUCGCUGAACGCUAUCUUAGCUGAGAACGCAGCCAACUGCAAGAUCACGUAUUUCCCGUACGGAGUGUAUCACGUCGAAGAUACACUGAAGAUCCCUAUCGGCUCGCGAAUUAUGGGUGAAGCUUGGGCCGUGAUCUCCGGUGUGGGAGAUGUUUUCAAAGAUGCCUCAAAUCCCAAGGCUGUUGUACAGGUUGGACAAACGGGUGACGAAGGAAUCAUCGAGAUCCAGAAUAUCCGGUUCAGCGUCGCGGAGGUUUUACCCGGGGCGAUCAUCCUUGAAGUCAACGCCGCGGGUACAAACCCCGGUGACGUGGGACUUUGGAACACCUUGGUGACUGUCGGCGGUACUGCAGAGACGAGUAUCAAGGAUGACUGCGAUCAGCAAGAUACUUCAAAGUGCAUGGCAGCAUUCAUGGCAAUGCACCUUACGACCUCGUCAUCUGCAUACAUCGAGAACUUCUGGGCAUGGACCGCAGACCACAAUCUAGAUGGUGGAUCCUCGUACACUGUCAUCUCGACCGGUCGUGGGGUUCUCGUAGAGGCCACGAAGGGUACCUGGCUAACCGGUACUGGAUCUGAGCACAACUGGCUUUACAAUUAUAACUUCCACUCUGCGCAGAAUGUGUAUGCUGGUAUGCUGCAAACCGAAUCACCCUAUAUGCAAGGUGACGGUGCGACACAAAUUGCACCUGCACCGUGGACCGCAGAAUCAGCAUAUGGUGAUCUAGACUUUUCGUGGUGCGAUGGUGGCGAUCAGAAGUGUCGUACCUCGCUUGCUACCAAUGUUGAUGGUGGAAAAGAUGUGUUCCUCUACAAUAGUGCGGCAUGGGCUUUCUUCAAUGGAGAGUGGACCGGUGACUAUAGUACCCAGUGUGAUGGGUCGUGUCAGACGAAUAUGAUGCGUGUGGCUAAUGGUCCCGAGAACCUGGUUUGGUACUCAGUUAGCACGCGGAAGACAGAUAUUAUGAUUCUUGAUGACGAGUCUAAUCCCACUGAGGAGUAUCAUCCAGGUGGGUGGGAGGCUAUUAUACAAGCCUAUAGACAGUUCUCUUCUUAG